GUCCAGCUGAGCAAGAAAGUCCCGCAUCUGGAGGAGCACGUCCUUUGUGUCGGCUUCCCUGUUGGCGGCGACACCAUCAGCGUCACCAGUGGGGUCGUGUCGCGGGUUGAAGUCAUGACGUAUGCCCAGACAUGCUCCGAGCUCCUGGGGAUUCAAAUUGACGCUGCCAUCAAUAGUGGCAACAGCGGAGGACCUGCCUUCAAUGCCAACGGCGAGUGUCUGGGAAUGGCGUUCCAAAGCCUAUCUUCCGACCAAGCCGAGAACAUCGGCUAUGUGAUCCCGACGGUGGUGAUCAUGCACUUUCUCAACGACCUGUUGAAGCACAACGGGACCUACACUGGCUUCCCCACCCUGGGCAUCGAGACGCAAACCAUGGAGAAUGCGCAGCUCCGUGAGGCCUUUGGGAUGACGGCGAAGCAGAAAGGCCUGCUGGUCAACCGCAUCGCACCGACCUGCGCAGUGGCAAAGGUGCUGCAGCUGGGGGAUGUUCUUCUCUCCUUUGACAAGGAACCGAUUGCCAACGAUGGCACCAUCAUGUUUCGGAAGCACGAGCGCGUCGCUUUCUCAUGGCUCGUCGCUCAAAAGUUCUAUGGCGAACCUGCCGACAUGACAGUGCUACGGGACGGCAAACUGCUCGAGCUUCACCUGGACGACCUGCACCCACAGGCUUCCCUGGUUCCGGUGCAUCUCUUUAACACCAAGUUCCAGGUGCCGUCCUACCUCAUCGUGGCAGGACUGGUCUUCACCACCCUGUCCGUCCCCUUCCUCCGCUCUGAGUUUGGCGAGGAAUGGGAUUGUGAGGCCCCGGUGGAGAUCGUACAUCGCCUGAUGCAUCAGCGUGCUGAAGAGAAGGGCGAGCAGCUGGUAGUCCUGACCCAAGUCCUUGCGCACGACUUGACCGUCGGCUAUGAGGAGUUGGAAAACAUGCUGCUCGUGUCAGUGAACGGAGUGAAGGUCAAAAACCUUCGACAGGUCAUGGACCUCGUGGACACCACCAAAGAUGAGUUCCUCCGCUUCGCGCUGCACAACAACCUUCUCCUGGUGCUCAAGGCGGAGACUGCCAGAAAGGCAACUCCCGAGGCCCUUGAGAAGCACGGCAUCCCUGCACGAGCCAGCCCGGAGCUCGCCGAGGAUUCCGUGCCAGAAGGAGCGCCGCCGCCAAACCCGGAGGCCGCUUGA